UUUUGAAUUGCCUAGGUACCUAACUUUUGUUACUGAGUCGGAGCGGGGGCUUGACUCCCUCCGCUGUCUCUUGAACUGGUCUUCCCAGCAUGAGACACCAUCCAGAAGGACAGACGAAUCAUACUGUUGAGCUUGGUACCCUAUUAUAUAUCUAUCCAUUUCACUGCUGCCUUUUCCCUCUCUUCAUAUCGACUAAAUGGAAGCCUACCUUGGCUUGCUUUGCUUUGCCUUGCCUUGACUGUUACUGGCUCUGCCUUUGGCUCAGGCUCAGGCUCAGGGGAAGCAUGUCCCCAACCUCCUCCGUUGAGCUUGGCUGAGGUAUCUGCAUCUAGAGUCCAGAUAAGGCCAAGGUACUUGAGUACCUUGUCGUCGCAGGGACACCCGUGUUAUCUCAGGUAUUUUAGUCUUCUCAACUAUCAUCUAGGUAGCUCAAAUACACCAAUUGUCGGGUUACACCAACUCUCGGAACCUUUGGACAGCCCAUCCGUCAUCCAGUUACGUACGUCUCGACUUCAACAACAUCAUCCAUCAUUCCCAGUGGGCGUUGCAUCCCCAAUAAAGUUUAUUCCCUCUUCUUGUCGGCAGAUUCAGAUCAAAGCAUUACAACCGUCGUAUCUCUUUUCUCUUUGGCGGCUGUAGCAGGUCCCAAACUGAGAACAGCCCCGUCUAACUAAUUGAUUGAUUGAUCAUUAUCCACCGCAUCCAUCAACCACAUCACAUCACAUCGCAUUGCAGCGCAUCGUAUCGCAGUCACCAACCAUGUCGAGCGCCAAUCAACUCUUCCUGCUCGCCGACCACAUUAAGCUCUCGCUGUUGGAGCGCCAACGGGCCAAGAAUCUCAAUCUCGAAGGCGACUCGCAAGAUGGUCACAUCUCACGGUCUUUUGACCAGUUCCGCGAUGGUCUGGCCAAUCUCCGCGAUGAGGAGCAGCGCUUGACUUUUGCCGGCGAAACAGACGCCGCUACAAGCCUCACAGAAUCCAUCACAUCGCUCCAGAAGCAACUAGACGACCUCACAACUCAAUUCCGAGGCCAACCAAAUUCCAAAACCGGCGAAACCCUCACUCACCCCAACUCAGAAGAGCUCGCCGAUGACUUUGAGCACGCAACAUCGACAUCUCCAGUCUCGAGGAAGCCAAAGACUGUUCGCUUCAGCGACACUCCACCGUCCCCGUCCGCUGAGCUCUUUGGCCGCUACCGGGAUGAUCCCUCCGAUAGCGCCGGCUACAGAGACGAGGCACAGGGCAUGGACAACCAGCAGAUUCACCAGUACCACGCCCAGAUCCUAGAGCAACAAGAUGAGCAGCUCGAUCGCCUGGGCGAGUCUAUCGGACGCCAGCGCGAGCUUAGCAUGCAAAUCGGCGACGAGCUCGAUAGCCACGUUGCUAUGCUCGACGAGGUCGAGGCUGUUACCGAUCGUCACCAGAGUCGACUGGAUCGUGCAAGUAGAAUGCUCGGAAAGGUUGCUCGAGGCGCAAGCGAGAACAAGCAAAUGACCACCAUCGUGGUUCUCAUCAUCAUUCUUGUCCUGCUCAUUGCUAUCCUGAAAUAAGCCAAAUUAGACCAUGCUUGUCUCUUCUCUUCUUCCCAUUGGAUCCGUCUCAAAAAGAAAUAGCGGGCUUAGCGCAUUGGUUGGAGUUCUCGGAGUCGUUUGCUUGGGCAUUCGCUUUUGUGGCGUCUACCUACCUACCUUACAUUUUGUUAUGUUUUUUUUCGUGUUCUUUUGCUUCAGUACAAUAGUGGGCAGUUGGCCUUUUCUGCGAAUUCACUUCCUGUAAAUACGCAGCAAUACUUGACCAAGUUUAACAUAAUAGAGAUCCGUCAAGGUUCAUCGUCUUAUCAUAUUAUCAUUCUCAGAGUAAAAACUACCUACCAAUCCUAAACAUAACUUGCAG